UUAUAGAGCUAAAAAAACAUGGCUGUUGCAGUAGAUGAAAGCUGGGGCCUAGACCGGUUCGAUGAUGGAACAACCAAAAUGGUUGGUGAAAUUCAACUAAAAAAGUAUGGUAAAUUCCUAAAUGAGUAUGCAUCUCAACUAAAGGCCAUUGAAGAUGCUCUUGAUGAGGCUGCUGGAGAUUCUUGGGAUUUUACUUUGGAUCCUAUUGAAUUACAGAUACUUCCUUAUGAACAAUCCAACUUACUUGAACUGAUCAAGACAGACAACAAGGUGUUAAAUAAAGUUAUCACUGUGGUAGCUGUUCUUUGCUGUGAAUGUAAGCUUCUGGUCCAUGAGGCAAAGACCAAAUAUUUUCCACCUUUGCUUUUGUACGACGAAGGACUGGGUGAAAAGACUUUGGAAGAAGGUGAACCACAACUUUAUUUGGGAAGGAUGCUCUCAGUGUUGCAGGAUAUAUCUAACUUUGUACAAAGAUCAUAUGAAGUUAUCCAGCAUAUUGUGCACCAGUUGGCCUCAAUGUAUACAAGAGAAGGUCAGCGAAUAAUAGAUGUAUCAGAUGUUCAUUUCUUAACGCUGUUUGAGCAUACUGGCGACCUUCUGACAACUUUGAUUACUCUUGACGAAAUAAUAAACAACAGCUUCACGUUACAAGACCACUGGAAGAAAUACAAAAGAAUGUUAAAAACUGUGCAUCACAAUUCAAGUAAAUUUGAUAUCGAAGAAACAAAACUUCGUCCAUUUGAAAAGUUUCUUCUUGGUUUGGAAGGUCAAAUUAUGCAAGGACGAAUAUUUGAUAAUUGCAUGAAACUUCAUUUUGACACCCGUUUUAUUAAAGUUACACGUAAUCCUGUACUAGCUGAGGAGAUGUUAACAUGUUUGAGAUUGAUUUUUCAAAGAAUUGAGUCUCGGAUAGGCGAGUUAAACGAGAUUAAUCAACGACACCGCUUUGUUGGAAUACUGGCUUUGUAUACUCUUCACUUCAACAUUUAUCGUAGCUUGGAUAAAAAGUUUUUUAAACAGUUAUGGGAUGUGUACAAAAAGGUACCUGCAAUCCAUUUGACUGGCAACAUAUUGUUGUUUCCAGAUGAAUUUCUACUGAAAAACAUUCCUCACUGUGAAAAGUUUAUGGAUAAGAAGCAAGUGGAUGCUGUUGUCCAAUCCAGACUGCAAUACUUGGUCUCAAACAAUCAAAACCUAACAAAGGAUGCCCAAAGUUUUUACCUGCAAGUAAGUUCAUGGAUGAUUGAGAUGGAGUCAUUAGCCACAAAGUCUGUCUCGCUGGGUGAUAGUCUCAAUAAAAAAGCAGUCUUGUUUAUUCAGGGUGUUAAGUAUGCAUUCAACAUUAGUCACAUGAUUCGGACCAUCAUGAACCUUCACGUGGCGUUAUCAAAACCCAUGACUAAAUCUGCUGUGUUAGCAUUUUGUAGGUUGAUUGAAUUAUUGAAGGCGAUUGAGUGCACGUUUCAUAGAAGAAGUAUGUAUGUUGCUGAAAGCAUCAAUCAUAUCAUCCAGCACUUAUCUUUUAAAGCGAUGGUUAUAGUAGAUACAGCUAAGAAAAGAAUUAGCCAAGACAAGAAAUUCACAGACUUGAGUUUGGAUGUUUUAGCUGCACUUGGUCUAUUGCAGUAUACCCUGAAUGGUGCUGGUACUCAAGAGAGAAGAUUGAUUACCAACGUUGCUAUGCACAUUGGAUCACAGCGUCGAUCAUUUCGUGAUGAUGAAUAUAAUAAUUUGACUUCAUUACUUAAAAACCUGGAUAUCAUUCUCGAUUUAAAAGGCUGGCUGCGUGGAGCAUGUGACUGUUCGUUUUUGUACUGGCAUAAGGUCAUCCUACCAGUUUAUCUGAAAGAUGUUUAUGAAAGCUGCGUAGACACUCAUCGUAUUCAUUACAUGUUUGGCGCAUUGCGUGACUGUGCACCUCAACUGAAGUUUGCAAGACAUGAAGAAACAAACGAUGUAAUGGUUGAACAGUUUAAAGUUGAUAUCAUGAAUAUCAUGAAAGAACAUCUGUUAACUCCACUGUGUAAAGAUGUUGAAACAGAUCUUCGUUUGAGUAUUCAUCGCCAUCUUCAACUUGAUGAUCGAAAUCCUUUUAAAGUAGGAAUGAGAGAUUUAGCACAAUUUCUAAGGAUACGUCCAAUCCGAUUUUUUAAUGAACUUAUCGACAUCAAAGUAUAUGUGACACAUUAUCUGGAUCGAACCUUUUACAACAACAACACGGUUGCCCUGCACGACUGGAAAACAUACACUGAAAUGAGAAAUUUAGCAUCUCAAAAAUAUAACUUAAACAUGGCUGACUCGCAUCUUCCCAGUCAAACAUUGGAACAGGGUUUGGAUGUGUUGGAAAUCAUGAGAAACAUUCAUGUCUUCGUUGCAAAGUAUGCUUACAACUUAAAUAACCAAAUAUUUGUGGAGCGCGCAUCUAACAAUAAACAUUUAAACACGAUAAAUAUCCGCCAUAUUGCAAACUCAAUUCGAACACAUGGUGCUGGUAUCAUGAACACCACAGUGAAUUUCACCUACCAAUUUCUACGCAAGAAGUUCUUCAUAUUUUCUCAAUUUCUGUAUGAUGAACACAUCAAAGCGAGGUUGAUCAAGGAUAUUAGAUUUUUUAAAGAUGCAAAGGAAGACAUGGAUCAAAAGUAUCCGUACGAUCGGGCUGAGAAGUUCAACAAAGGAAUUCGUAAACUUGGUUUAACACCAGACGGACAAAGUUAUCUAGACCAAUUUCGAAUGCUGAUAACACAAAUCGGAAACGCAAUGGGUUACAUUCGAUUGAUUCGAUCCGGGGGUAUUCAUUGCAUUAGUAAUGCUAUCAGGUUCAUUCCAGAUCUCGAUGACAUUGUCUCAUUCGAAGAACUCACAAACGAGGCUGAACUUUCUGUUGAGUCGAAAGAGGCAGCAAAAAAUGUCGAUUUAACCAUUUCUAAUUUAACUAAAAACUUUGCACAAGGAACCGAAUAUUUCAAGAUGUUGGUUGAUGUAUUUGCGCCAGAGUUUCGAGAUCAGAAAAAUAUGCAUUUAAAGAAUUUCUUCAUGAUUUUACCGCCAUUAACAUUAAACUUUGUGGAGUACUCAAUGAGUUGCAAAGAAAAGGUGAACAAGAAAAACAAAGUGGGCGCCAGUUUUACUGAUGACGGAUUCGUUAUGGGCGUUGCGUACAUUUUAAAAUUGCUCGAUCAAUACAGUGAAUUUGAUACACUGCAUUGGUUUCAAUCUGUCCAAGAGAAAUACAAUAAAGAAAAGAACGAGACUGUGAAGAGCGCAACAGGAGCGAAAGACGACAAACUACUACAGACGACAAAUUUAACGUUAAAAAGAUUGACGUCCUAUCAAAGAGAAUUCGAACUUCUAUUUUAUUCUAUGUCAAGUGCAAGAAUAUUUUUCCGUGCCGAUAAAACCUCGGAGGAGGAGAGCGAGGAAGAAAAACAAAAAGCAGCAGAAGACGCACAGCAACAAAAUGGCGGUGAACCAAAAGCAGACUCCACUGAAAACUCAGCUCCGCCGCCACCUCCUUCUACGUAAAUUGCAAGCACUCCACCGUAGACGUGAUCUGGUCUCUUGGUACAAUGAAGUGACGUUUUUCUUCUUACGCCGCUUCGUUAUUCCGCGAUGAAAUUAUUUGCACCACUGUCUUUUCAUUCACAGUAGUAUAGAUAUAUUAACACCAAAGUAAUUUUCGCUCUAUUUAUUUUUGCGAUAUUUUAUGGGUUUUCAUUUUGCGGAAAGAGUACCCAGAAAUAAAGUUGCAGAAUUUAUUUUUGCGAUUAAUCUGA